AGAGAGAGAGAGAGAGAGAGAGAGAGAGAGAGAGAGAGAUCCUCCUUGGCACACACCCGUCAGUGUGGCAGUGUUAUUUUGACUGACUAGCGGACUGACGGGGAUUCUGGAGGAGACACACAGGAAAGGGACGGCACACUCUCCGGUUCUUUUUUCGUUUCUGUCAUCGCAUAGUCACGACAGAUGUUUUUCUAGCCGCGCCGCCUGCAUCCACCCCAGACAUCGGAUUUUGCUUAAUUUCUCCUCUCCUUGAUUGGCUGAACCGGGACUGAACCCAGCCAACCUGGGCCGGGCAGUGGGGGCUGUUCAGCGAGCCUUAUAGCUGAAGUUGGCACCCGAGAUGAGCGCCUGGAGACACGGGAGCGGGGCUCUCUCUUCACCGGGCAGAGGGUCUGGGUCGUGGCGGUGCUGGUGGUGGUGGGUUGGGGUUAUCGGGGUGUCAGUGAGCUCUGGAGAUCCGUGGCUGUCCGCGGAGGCAUGCCCGCCCUCUUGUUCUUGCAGCACCACCAGGAUCUCCUGCGUGGAUCCGAAGCGGGGUAUCAAUGCUUUCCCCGUCCUGCAGAGCGAGGCAGAGAUGGAGAACAUCACCGACAUUUACAUCGCCAACCAGGGCAGCUUCUCCUCCAUCAACGACAAAGACCUGCACUACUACAAGAAUCUCAGGAACCUAACGGUGACCAACAGCAGGCUAACAUACGUAUCGAAGCUGGCCUUUCAAAACAACAUCAAGAUACAGUACCUGAAUCUGAAAGAUAACAACCUGUCAUCGCUGUCCUGGAGGAUAUUCAAACACCUCAACAUGUCUUAUCUGAUCCUGACAGGGAACCCUCUGCAUUGCUCUUGUGAGAACAUGUGGAUCAAGCUGUGGUUGGGAGAGGAAGCAGACACUCAGGAGCUGCGCUGCAUUGAGGAUGGAGGAAGACGCAAGCUGCUGUCCAGACUGAUACUACCUAACUGUGAGGUUCCCAUGGCAACGUUGAGCCCAUCCAGCGUGACACUGAUGGAGGGGAGGCACGUGGAUCUGUCCUGUGCCACCUCCGGGGUGCCCUCACCUGAGCUGAUAUGGAACAUGGUGUUGGUCUCCAACUAUGAGAUCGAGACAUCAGGCCAGGUUUCGGUGCUACGACUGUCCAACCUGUCCUCGCUGGACCACAACAGCAAGAUCAGCUGCACAGCUGAGAACAUCGUUGGAGAGAAAGAGUCCUCGCUGCUGCUGGAUAUACUUUUCCCUCCCAAAAUCACUAAACUGACUGAUGCAAUCCCUGACCAUCACUGGUGCAUCCCCUUCAGCAUGUCAGGAAAUCCGGAGCCGAAGCUACAGUGGUUUCUGGACGAUAAAGCGGUGACAGAGGGGAACUUCAUCAUGACCAUGAUUCAUGACGUCACAGAAAGGGAGUACCACGGCUGCCUGCAGCUGGACAGCCCCACACACGUCAACAAUGGCCGCUACAAGCUCUUGGCCAAAAACAAAUUUGGGUCGGACGAAAAGGAGGUGGAAGCUCACUUCAUGCUCAAACCCGUAUGGGAUGGAACGGAGAAGGAGCCGUACUAUUAUGUUGCUGAGGAUCUAACCACAGAGGGCCCCCCUGUAGACCCCCCUGAAGACAAAGUCGCUGUGUACGUGGUGGUGGGCAUUGCUGCUGUCGCCUUCACCGGUUUCCUUCUAAUGUUGGUUAUUCUGAAGUUUGGAGGGAACUCCAAGUUUGGCAUCAAAGGACCAUCUUCGGUGAUCAGUAACGACGACGACUCGGCCUCUCCUCUUCAUCAUGUCUCUAACGGCAGCAACACCCCCUCGUCCUCAGAGAUGGGCCCUGACGCGGUAAUGAUCGGCAUGACCAAGAUCCCGGUGAUAGAAAACCCUCAGUACUUCAGGAGCACAAACAGCCUCAAGACCGACACGUUUGUCCAGCAUAUUAAGAGACACAACAUCGUGCUGAAGAGAGAGCUGGGAGAGGGAGCCUUCGGAAAAGUCUUCCUGGCCGAGUGUUACAACCUUUCACCUGACCAGGAGAAGAUACUGGUGGCUGUCAAGACACUUAAAGAGGCCAGUGAAAAUGCCAGGAAGGAUUUCCACCGUGAGGCUGAGCUGCUGACCAACCUUCAACAUGAACACAUUGUCACAUUCUACGGGGUCUGCGUGGAGAGCGACCCUCUCAUCAUGGUGUUUGAGUACAUGAAACAUGGAGACCUCAACAAGUUCCUCAGGGCUCAUGGUCCGGAUGCAGUUCUGAUGGCAGAGGGCCAGACCACCAGACCUGUGGAGCUGACCCAGUCUCAGAUGCUGCACAUCGCCCAGCAGAUAGCGUCUGGCAUGGUCUACCUGGCCUCACAGCACUUUGUGCAUCGCGACCUGGCCACUAGGAACUGCCUGGUGGGCGAGAACCUGCUGGUAAAGAUUGGAGACUUUGGCAUGUCCAGAGAUGUCUACAGCACUGACUACUACAGGGUAGGUGUCGGAGGUCACACCAUGCUGCCAAUCCGCUGGAUGCCCCCUGAAAGCAUCAUGUACAGAAAGUUCACCACAGAGAGUGAUGUUUGGAGUCUAGGAGUUGUUCUCUGGGAGAUCUUCACCUAUGGAAAACAGCCUUGGUACCAGCUCUCCAAUAAUGAGGUAAUAGAGUGUAUAACCCAGGGCAGGGUGCUGCAGCGCCCCAGGACCUGUGCUAAAGAAGUAUAUGACCUGAUGCUGGGCUGCUGGCAGAGAGAGCCGCACAUGAGACUCAACAUCAAAGAAAUCCACUGUCUGCUCCUCAAUCUGGCCAAAGCCUCACCUGUAUACCUGGAUAUACUGGGCUGAACACAGGCGGACGAUAGAGGAUGUGUGGGUGUUUGUGUGUGUGUGUGUGUGUGUGUGUGUGUGUGUCUGGGUGGGGAUGAUUACUGUAUCUUAGUGUGUCUGUGCAUUUGAGGUUGCGUGCGUGCGUGAGUGUGUGUGUGUGCGCGUGCUAGGGUGGACGCAGUGACACCUGUGGAUGAAAUGAAGUGUGUGACGCUCUUGCAAGUGUACAGGUAUAGCUGUACAGGAUGUGAGCUAUUGUCAAACUUUUGAAGGCAAUCAAAAAAAAUCCUCAACUCAUCCCCAACCGUGUCUUUCCUCCCCGACAAUUUCCUCUCCUUUGUGCAUCUCCACUCUUUCCCUCCUUCCUUCCCGGGGAGACAUUGACUCAGAGUAAUUUAACUUUGGAUGGGGGGAAAAAAGGCUUCUUUUGAUAUGAUUUAAAAUGACUGGGGCUAAAUUGAUGAAAACCUGAUUAACAGGACUUUAAAUUAAGUGACUCAUCCCUCGCUGCCUGUCAGACAACAGGACUCAUUUGAGAAUCCGGAAAUUUCAAAGAGGCGCAACGUUGGGAGGAUUCCCGGAAGCUUCAAUCCUUUUGCGUGUAAAUAUGAGACUGUGCGACGGUGAGACAUUUCAGAGGAAAUUGCUCUGUGCUAUGUCGAGCCAUAAAGACACUAUGGUUUCCCCUCUCUGUUUGUCAGUCUGUCUGUCUGUCUGUCCGUCCCUCAGAACUGUACAUUAUUAAGUCAGCAAUCAUCCAACAUGGCCAGAGGAAAUGACUACACAAUUGCUGAUUUACACACUGUAAACAUACAGCAGACUGACAGGAAGAAUGACCAGGAGAAGUAAACACAAUCUGGUUUUCUGCCCGUCAGAUAAAAUCAGGAGGUGAGAUAAUAAAGGAGGAUUUCUGGUUGGCCAAUUUCACUGAAACAAAAAAAAUCCAGUGCCUGCUGAAGCUGAACUGAACUGCUGGUGAAAAAAGCUGAGGUAUUCUACUAUACUGUAAUUGUGAAUACUAGAAAUGUAGAAAAAAAACUAUCUGGCACUGAUCUAUAAUAUCUCCUCAUGCAACAGUCUGAUAUACAUGAUUAUAAGGAUAUAUCCACUCGUAUCUGCAUACUGUUUUCUGUUACAUACUUUGCUCAGGCCUGGACUGCACUGUCAUACAGCACAGGGUAACAUAAUGACUACUUCUCUUUUCUCCCCCGAAGUGACAGAUGCUUCACUUGUGAUGUCAAGUGCUCGUGUCGGAGGUCAAUUGAUUAAUUUGUCCGCAGCUGUGCGAUUACCGGGAGGUCGUGGUUGUUGGGGGUGGGGCGGGUGUGUGUGUGUGUGGGGGGGGGGGGUUGUAAAAGUUGCUAAGGGAUGCUGAGUUUUGAGUGGUCGGAUCACGGUCAGAUGUGUGGGUGACGGCGCUGUUAAAGGUGUGGUUCAUUUGGUCAACCCAUAUUAAAUCAUCAAGGCUCUCAGCACUCAGACAUCCUUGAAAACCACAUCUGUGCUAGAGGGGAUGCACAUGGGAACACACACACACACACACUCACACACUGUGUACCUUAUCCUGUCAUCCCUGCAUCUCCACACACACACACAGACACACAGUGAAAGACACUCAAAACGGGACGAGAAGGAAAUUGAAUUGUGCAUGUUUUAUUAUUUGAGCAGUGCAGUGCUUUAGCCAGGCCCCGUCCAGUGUAAUGGUGUAAUGUAUAUUUCAUUACAGCCUAAUGGGCCCCAUUAGCACAGUCUCCUCACAGACAUUCAAGACUUAUUGUUUUAUGGCUGAGAAGGAAGGAUGGAGAGGAGAGGUGAAGGAGAAGAAAACAAAGAGAGCGAGAGGGGGGGGCUGGAAUGAGGAGCAGUGGAGAGGAGAAAUAAGAGGAGAGGUAAUAAUGCAUAUUGGGGAAAGAAUAUGGAGAGGAAGGGAGAGACUUCAGAAAGAAAGCAAUGGGGUAGAAAGAAGAAGCCGGUCAGAAGGUAGGAACAGGUCAUGUGGAGAAAGAUGGAGGAAGAGGAGAUGGAAGAGUGAGAAGGGAGGAAGAGCGGGGGAGAGGAGGUGUGAAUGUCCUCAGGGAGGAAAGUGAAAGCGAACAUCCAUCAUUGCCACGGCCUGCAGAUGUUCUGUAAAGCCACAACUUCAACCUCAUGCUCCCAUCACAUUCCUACGUCUGGCCUCAACCACACACACACACACACACACACACACACACACACACACACACACACACACACAUACACACACACACACACAUCUUACUGGCAAUCCACAAACGAGCUCAAUAAUGCACCACACAUCCCCAUUAUUGAGAACCACUUCACUCACUUACAGUACAGCUCACAUACAGUAUGUGGUCGAAACGCUCACAGACACUCUGUAUAUACAACCGCUCACAUGCAUGGAAACACAUUUUGUUUUUGCAUUUUACUGGGACCUAUUUUACUCUUUGCAGACAUUGAAAAGUCACAAUCACUGCGGUUUCACGACAGCCAUUUGAACUAGCUGUAAAAACAUCAAUCUGGAAUUAUAAGUCCUAUUUGUUUAUUAACAGCAGCACUUGAUGGUAUUGAUGUUUGUGAACUUGAAAAUGUUGAUUUGACUGAUGUAUAGUAUUAUUUAUAAAUGAAGGAGAAUUUUGUACAUUUCUUUCUAUAUCUAAUUUUGCCUUUUGCAACAAACUGAAAUUGAUCACUGGUUUAACUGAUUAUGUUUUAGCUAAUGUGUAAGUAACCUUGAGUGUAUAUGUAUUUGUAUGUCGGGCUCCCUCCUAACAGCAGCCUGUCCUCAUGAACAGCGAACUCUACAACAGGGGUGGAUGUCUCACCAGUUGCCACGUUUGUAGAUUUAGCUCGACACAUUGCUAAAUGAUUGUCUCCUGCCACAGCACAAGGGCGGGGUGGUUAAAGGCUGCAGUGUUGCCAGGGCAAGCUAUCAAGGUCCUCAGAAUCCAUCCCUGCUGUAUAGUCGAGUACCCAACAGUCAAAAGACUUGCCACACAAUAACUCUGUGCAAUAACAGAGGGCAGGGUGCGUGAGGGCCUAUGUGAGAAAACAAACGCAGUGCAUACGAACGCCUCCGAUGUCAAAAGAGUGGAGUUCAUUGAUGCAACGUCUCAGCUGGCUGCACCGUGUUGGUGUAGCCUGCGUACCCGCUGUGUUUCUUUUUUUUUUCUUUUUCUGAAAAUGAACUGUGUCUAGUUGGACGGCGGGGUUGUUUUUGACAGUUGGCCUAUAGAAAGACGCUGUGAGAGGGAUGUUUAUUUUGAUGAAGAUUUGUCGGCACAACGCAGGAGCGUUCUGAGAAACUUUAACCACGGCUGAAGAUGGGCUGUCUUUGCAUCGAUGCCUCAGAUGAAAAGAUAUUGGUUUAACAGAGAAAAGAGAAAAAAAGGAGGAAAAACAACAACUGCUGUAUGAAUGGAAAAAGGAGACACUGACAAUCACAGACUUCUCUCUUUCUCGCUCUACUUCAAGUGGCCUACUGUAAAAUAGACUUCUCAACCAACUUUCCUCUUCUAUGCUGCCUAUACUGUACGUGAUAGUCUUAAACUUUGGUCUCUAGAAGUGCUACUUUUUCUUUCUUUGUUUUUUGUACAACAAAAUAACAGCGAGAGGAAUGAACAAAAAUACGUGUACAAAAUGUGAAUAAGCUGCUGAAGGAAAUAAGCGUUGCUAACUGCUGUGUCCGAGACUGUGUCAAGUAUCUAGAUUGUACCGUCUUCUUCUUUUGUCUUAGAAAUGAGGGCAGAGAAAUUGCGUAGCUGCGUGGGAACUCACAAAUACACAAAAUGACAUGCAGCAGCCCCCGGGGAUGGAGAUUGCGAAUGCUCAUUCUACCGGUGGUGUGUGUGUGUGUGUGUGUAUGUGUGUUUGUGUGUGUGUGUGGAGAAGACUGAUUGAUGCCAGAGUGAGUCAGGAGGGAUCCGUAGGCCGGGUCCCGACUCCGGCCAAAUCCUAGUUCAAAUGCAAAGAGAUUCAACUGAGGAAUCAGGAAUUGAUUUGUUGUCGCUGUUCACCAAUUCAUGAUAAAUGACUUUACUCGGUCUUCUAUAGGUUGGUAUUAUGGCAGCUGAGAUUCAUGGAAUCACUCAAUUGCUUUAUUUAUGACUUCAAAAUCGGCCUUCUUCUCCACACAGCUCACUAAAGCCUGGGGUUCACAGGAGUAUUUCAGCAAUAUUAAUGGUUGUGUUCUUUCACCUAUCGACUCACUAUAACAGAAAUAUCGGGCUGAAUUUGGGCUUAACCAUGUGACUCAGCGAGCAUAUUCCUCAAGAAGAUACACAUCCCAAUUUUGAGUGUGUUAUGAUCUAUAUCGCAUUUAAUCCCUCCCCUCUCUCUCUCUCUCUCUCUCUCUCUCUCUCUCUCUCUCUCUCUCUCACUCUCCCUCACACAUCACAGUCUGAGCUAAUAGAGCUGAACUAUCACAAAGGUCAUCUUGAAGAUUACCCUUGUGCUCGGAUGCUUCUGGAGCCCCUACACCCUGAAGAAUGUAAUACCACGAAAACUGCUUAACUGCUGCAAAAAAAAGAAAAAUGAAACUGUGAUUUGUUAUAUGCAGUAUCUCUGUUUUUCAGUAUUUUUGGUUCUGUGCUAUUUGUCUCUGUGUUUAGAGGGUUUCACAGCUGCCACCAUGGUAGGAAAAAAAAGAAAAGGAUUAUUUUGAAGCAUGUUAGGACCGUAAGAGGCUUAUAAUAGGUCAGAGGACAAAACACUGUAAUGUUUCCUUAUGAAAGAGAUGUUCAAAUGUUAUUUCUAUGCCUAAAACUGCUCCUCGAAGUGAAAGAAACAUCUGUACUGCAGUGCACACAAUUUACAGCUGGUCUGAUGCAGCUAAUGUCUGUCUUUGCAAGCUGGCUGUUGUUCGGUAAAGCGAAGUUUCUGACGCCACUCAUUUGUGCUCUGUGGGGAACACACACACACACACAGAAUCACACACCAGAGGGAACUUGUACAGUCAUACAGUUGUGCGUGGUGGAAAUGAUCACAGUGAGUCAUGAUGGUAAUGAUGAUGACGAUGAUGAUUUCUCCCCGAACGUGGACCAGUCUGUCGUGAUACAAUGUCAUUAAUAAAAAGUGUUAUGUCACA